CGGCCAGGAUCAAAGAUGGCCGCCCCCGCGCGCCUACCCUCGCCGGCCACUCCCGGCGCCGCUCUAGCCGCCGCUCUCGGUGGGCGCCGCCGCCAGCCAAUCGCGGGGCGCAGACGCCGCCGGCCCCGCCCCGCGGAUCAGCUGAGGGAGCCGCUAUGUCUGUUGACAGCGGCGGCGCAGCCGGUUCCGGGUUCGGCGCGGGGCGGGGAUGUGAAUCCCGAUGGAGCGGCCCGAGGAAGGCGAGCAGCCGCCGCCGCCGCAGCCCUGGGGGCGGCUCCUGCGCCUGGGCGCCGAGGAGGGCGAGCCGCACGUCCUGCUGAGGAAGCCGGAGUGGACCAUCGGGCGGAGACGAGCACCAAUGGAACAGUGAUUAACAAGCUGAAGGUUGUUAAGAAGCAGACAUGCCCUCUACAGACUGGGGAUGUCAUCUACUUGGUGUACAGGAAGAAUGAGCCGGAACACAAUGUGGCAUAUCUCUAUGAAUCUUUAAAUGAAAAGCAAGGCAUGACACAAGAAUCCUUUGAAGCUAAUAAGGAAAAUGUGUUCCAUGGGACCAAAGAUACCUCAGGUGCAGGGCGAGGGGCCGAUCCCCAGGUCCCACCGGCGUCACCCGCUGCUCAGGUGUGCUUUGAGGAACCACAGCCAUCAACAUCGACGUCAGACCUCUUCCCCACAGCCUCUGCCUCUUCCACGGAGCCGCCUCCUGCAGGGCGGGAGCGUUCCUCCAGUUGCGGGUCUGAGGGUGCUGGCAACUUCCCUAAAGGAGGUGGUCCCUCCGUGGCAAGUGAUGAAAUCUCCACCUUUGCCUCAGCUCUCCCAGACAGAAAGGCUGUGUCAUCGUCUUCAUUGGAGCCCCAGGAUCAGGAGGAUUUGGAGCCCGUGAGAAAGAAAAUGAGAGGAGACGGGGACCUCGACCUGAACCUAGAGGUGUUGUUUGCACAACCGUGUAGAAACACCCAAACUGUCCACGACAAUGUCAGAGCUGUGGCUGGGAAGCCAGACAAGAUGGAGGAGACGCUGACAUGCAUCAUCUGCCAGGACCUGCUGCAUGACUGCGUGAGUUUGCAGCCCUGCAUGCACACGUUCUGUGCGGCUUGCUACUCGGGAUGGAUGGAGCGCUCAUCCCUGUGCCCCACCUGCCGCUGUCCCGUGGAGCGGAUCUGUAAAAACCACAUCCUCAACAACCUCGUGGAAGCAUACCUUAUCCAGCACCCAGACAAGAGUCGCAGUGAAGAAGAUAUGCAAAGUAUGGAUGCCAGGAAUAAAAUCACUCAAGACAUGCUGCAGCCCAAAGUCAGGCGGUCUUUCUCCGAUGAAGAAGGGAGUUCAGAGGACCUGUUGGAGCUGUCGGAUGUUGACAGUGAGUCCUCAGACAUUAGCCAGCCGUACGUCGUGUGCCGGCAGUGUCCUGAGUACAGAAGGCAGGCGGCGCAGCCUCCCCGCUGCCCAGCACCCGAGGGCGAGCCAGGGGCUCCGCAGGCCCUGGGGGACACACCCUCCACAUCCGCCAGCCUCACGACAGCAGUUCAGGAUUACGUGUGCCCUCUGCAAGGAAGCCACGCCUUGUGCACCUGCUGCUUCCAGCCCAUGCCUGACCGGAGAGCAGAGCGCGCGCAGGACCCGAGUGUCGCCCCUCAGCAGUGUGCGGUCUGCCUGCAGCCUUUCUGUCACCUGUACUGGGGCUGCACCCGGACCGGCUGCUUCGGCUGCCUGGCCCCGUUCUGCGAGCUCAACCUGGGUGACAAGUGUCUGGACGGGGUGCUGAACAACAACAGCUACGAGUCAGACAUCUUGAAGAAUUACCUGGCAACCAGGGGUUUGACAUGGAAAAACAUGUUGACUGAGAGCCUUGUGGCUCUCCAGCGCGGAGUGUUUCUGCUGUCUGAUUACAGAGUCACUGGGAACACCGUGCUGUGUUACUGCUGUGGCCUGCGCAGCUUCCGCGAGCUGACCUAUCAGUAUCGGCAGAACAUUCCUGCUUCGGAAUUGCCAGCCGCUGUAACAUCCCGUCCUGACUGCUACUGGGGCCGUAACUGCCGCACUCAGGUGAAGGCUCACCACGCCAUGAAAUUCAAUCAUAUCUGUGAACAGACAAGGUUCAAAAACUAAGCAUCCAGAGGCCCCGAGCAGCUUUCAGCACUGGAGGUGAAGAGAGCGCGUUUUCAAAAUACAGAGACAAACAUGUCAGGGCAUUUGCACGGCCCCCUGAGGGGCGCAGGGUCUCCAGCAGGUGCUCUGGGGUGACUCUUUCUUCUGUGGAGCUUCACCCUCUGAGUGAGACCCUCCCUCACAGCCCUGGGGGCCACAACCCGCCCUCCUAGUGAGCACAGGGCAGGGCUCGCCCUUGGAUGAACAGCAGAGACUAAGCCCUUCCUGCCACACACUGCCGUCCCGCCGAGAGGGGCAGUGCAGGUUUGCUCUUCUGUACCUUUUCUGUCAUUACAGUUAAAGCAGAAAUCUGUUUUCAGGAAAAGUUUCAAGGGAGAAAGGGGAACCAUUAUCAAAACCAUUGGUUCAGGGGAAGGGAGCGUAAGUUUACAGCCUACAGGAUGUACAGAAUAUUCUGCUGCUGGGAAAACCACAGCAUUUUAUAUAUUUUUUAUUUGAAUAGGUUUGGUGCUUAUCUUCUAAUAAGAUUUAAUUGUCACAAACUGUAGCACAAAUAAUAUAAUUUAUAAUUUACAAAUUGACUAAAAUUGGGUAUAGUAUGGUAUUUGAAAGAAUAAGCAUAUGCUUCUGUUUAUUAAAAAAAAAAAAAACCUUCAAAUGUCCGAAACUGUUAACCCUCGAUGUGGCCGUCAGGUUACCGGCUCCUUGCUAAUGUGUGAGCAACCGUGGUCCCAAGCCGGGGCUGGGCACAGGUCCCAGGACACGCCGCUCCCUCAUGCUGCCCGGGCCCUUCCUCUGAGACCCUGCAGAGCCUGAGGGCACCUUGGCUUCCUUCUGUGCUAGGUUUCCCGUGUCAUCUGGAAUCAUACUUGAAAUUUUGAUUUCUGGGGGAAAAAAAAAGAUUUUUAUCUUUUGUUGAAAUCACCUGUUGCCCUUGUUUGCAAACUGAUAACUUUUUUGCUUCUUCUCAGGAAUACAAUUUUCAACUGUCUUGCUCUUGAUAGAAACUGAGAAGCAGCACUCUGUAUUUGUGGAGGAAAGUCCUCUCUUUUGCAUUGUAAUAAAUGAGCCGUGUUUGCUCCUCC